AUGCUCUUCUUUUCCCUUAUGUUUAUCACCUUGGGAAAUUUGGCCACCAUUCCCACGGUCAUGGAGCAACGCGCCGUCUUUUACAAGCAACGGGACGCCGGUUUUUUCCCGACCUCGUCCGCUGUGGUGGCGCAGAUGCUUGUCCAAAUCCCCAUCCAGUUCGUAGAGACGAUGGUUUUCACGUCUCUUGCCUAUUUUUUGUCUGCCUUAUCACGGGCGGACUAUGGCGCUUUUUAUCUGACCUACGUUCUGGUCGCUUUCUCCACCGCUUUGGGCAUCGGACAAAUCUUUCGCCUCGUCGUUCACUUGGUUCCCAGCCUCGCCCAGGCACAGCCUAUUUGCUCCCUCUUUGUCUUACUCUUCGUCGUCUUCUCUGGCUUGACCAUUAAAGGAGAGGACAUACCAUUCUAUUGGACCUGGUUGUAUUGGAUCAAUCCUCUGGCCUGGGGUCUUCGGGCCUUGGCCGUCAACGAGUUCUCCUCGCCCACCUACAGCCAGCACAUCAUAUAUCCCCCGCCGGUCCCCAGGGCCAUCCCCUGUGACCCCCGCAGGCCGGAGGCAUUGUUACAGUACACCGGUUCCAACGGACCCUUCCAAUGUCUCUCCGAGGGGGAGAUCUAUUUGAUAAACCUAGGGUUUAAGACUAAGCGGGACUGGAUUGUGUACGGAGUCUUGUUUUUACUUGCCCUCUGGAGCGUCAUGUUGAUGCUGACCAUGUUGGCCAUGCGUUUGAUCCGAUGGACAGGACAGGGGGCCGCUCCCGUGCCUUCCGCGGCAAAACGGGAAGAGCUUGCUGCUACUGAAGAUGAGAAUCCUGGAUACAAGGAGAAAGACCUCAACGAGGGCCCCGCGGUGGGGGCGUCGGGCGCAGGCUAUGAUGCCUUCUCGUAUGAACUGCUGUCAGACGCGGAUCCGGAGAAAGCUUUAGGCCAUCAGUCGAUGGGGCGGCGCCCGAAACAUCCCACAGGGGAUUCCUUGACCUUUCAGCCCAUAACCCUUGUAUUCAAGCACAUUUGGUAUUCUGUGGAGCUGCCCAAGCCCCAAGGUGGAGGCAAAGAACGCGUGGAGCUGGUCAAGGGGGUGACCGGGUACGCCAGGCCAGGUUCCUUGACCGCAUUGAUGGGGUCAUCGGGGGCGGGGAAAACCACCCUCCUCGACGUGUUGGCCGGGCGGAAAACCACGGGGUGCAUCAUUGGCGAGAUCCUGGUGAACGGUUUUCCCAAGGAACAGCGGGCUUUUUCGCGGGUAAUGGGUUAUGUCGAGCAAACAGACGUGCACUCCCCACAUUCCACCGUCCGGGAAGCCUUACUUUUCUCGGCGACUCUACGGCUACCCUACACACAAGUGACGGCCGCACAACGCGAGGUUUUCGUGGAGGACAUGCUCGCAUUGCUGGAAUUGAGUGGGAUUGCCGACCGGGUGAUCGGCGAGGAUGCAGGAUCCGGACUGUUGAUGGGGGAGCGGAAACGGGUCACGAUCGGUGUGGAGUUGGUCGCAAAUCCUUCUGUGCUCUUCUUGGACGAGCCCACUACCGGACUUGACGCUGCCAAAGCUUUUGAGGUGGGAAUCCGCUCAGAGCAGCCCAACAUCUUUCGCGGUGACCAGUCAGAGGUCUCAGCCUUCGUCUCUUCCAUGUCUGUCAUGCGUUCCGUGAAAAAAAUUGCAGCCAGCGGCCGCUCGGUCCUCUGCACGAUCCAUCAACCGAGUUGCGCAAUUUUUGAAAUGUUCGACAUGCUCCUGCUCCUCCGACACGGGGGUAGGACGGUGUACUUCGGUCCGUUAGGCAAGCGGAGCAAGGAUCUCAUCAAUUAUUUGGAGGCAGUGCCAGGCGUGAUACCCUUGCGCACCGGGGGUGUGAAUCCGGCAAAUUGGAUGCUGGAGUGCAUCGGCGCGGGCAUUGAACCGGCCGCCCAACCUCUCGACUUUGCCGAAUAUUACCGAGACCACGCCUUGGCCCGCCGGAACGAAGAAAUUUGUGACAGCCUGAGUCGGCCGUUUGACUCCCACGGGCAUGGUCUCGAACCCAUUGCCUUUGACAGUCGCUACGCGGCGCCUUUGAAGGUACAACUCCGGGCAUGCAUGGCGAAGGCAAUCAAGAACUAUUGGCGGUCCCCUAAUUACAAUUUCACGCGCAUGUUCAUCUCGGUCCUGGUGGCCGUAGUCUUUGGAUCCGUCUUCCACGACAAACCCUACGACACCGAAACCGACAUCGUCGGUCGGGUGGGCCUUAUGUACCUGUCUACGUCCUUCGUGGGCAUCGUGAACAUGAUGAGCGUCAUGCCUGUGAUGGCAAAAGAACGCGCGGCCUUCUACCGAGAGCAAGCCAGUUCGAUGUACAGUGUCUUCGCCUACGGGGUCUCCUACGGCCUGGUCGAGCUGCCGUACAUCUUCGUGAGCACGGGGCUGUUCAUCAACGUCUUCUAUUGGUUCAUUGGACUCGCUGCGGAGCCUUUUAGCAAAUUUGUUUACUAUUGGGUAUUUUUCGCCCUUUACAUCGUGUGUUUGGUCUUCAUCGGGCAAUUCCUUAUUUGCUUGCUGCCCAACCAACAGACUGCGCAGGUGGCAGGCGCCUCCAUUGCGGCCAUCAUGAAUCUUUUCGGCGGGUAUUUGUGCACUCCCAGAACUAUCACCCCGUUUUGGAAGUUUGUGUAUUACCUUGUGCCGUCACAUUACAUGUUGGAAGGGCUCGUCAUGUCCCAAUUUGAAGGCGAUUCGACGCCCGUGCAGCCCAUCUAUGGCCUCCAAGCCACGCCUGCGGACCAAUACAUCUACGACCACUUUGGGGGGGAGUUUACUUAUGGUGCCAAAUGGAAGGACAUCGGCGUCCUCCUUUUGUAUAUAUCGUUGCUGCGGAUCGGCACCUUUGUUGUGAUGACCUUCGUGCGCCACAUCAACCGGUGA